GCACUAAAGUGGCAGCAGCACCAGGGGUUGCUUCCUCCUGGUAUGACCAUAGAUUUGUUUCGAGGCAAAGCAGCUGUUAAAGAUGUGGAAGAAGAAAAGUUUCCUACACAACUCAGCAGACAUAUUAAGUUUGGUCAGAAAUCACAUGUGGAGUGUGCUAGAUUUUCUCCAGAUGGUCAGUAUCUGGUCACUGGGUCUGUUGAUGGGUUCAUUGAAGUAUGGAACUUUACUACUGGAAAAAUAAGGAAGGAUCUUAAGUACCAGGCCCAGGAUAACUUCAUGAUGAUGGAUGAUGCUGUGCUCUGCAUGUGUUUCAGCAGAGAUACAGAAAUGUUAGCAACUGGGGCCCAAGAUGGAAAAAUCAAGGUGUGGAAGAUUCAGAGUGGACAGUGUUUAAGGAGAUUUGAAAGGGCACACAGUAAAGGUGUCACCUGUCUAAGCUUUUCCAAAGAUAGCAGUCAGAUUCUUAGUGCCUCUUUUGACCAGACAAUUAGAAUUCAUGGUUUAAAAUCUGGGAAAACCCUGAAGGAAUUUCGUGGCCAUUCCUCCUUUGUUAAUGAAGCAACAUUUACACAAGAUGGACAUUAUAUUAUCAGUGCGUCCUCUGAUGGCACUGUAAAGAUCUGGAAUAUGAAGACAACAGAAUGUUCAAAUACCUUUAAGUCUCUGGGCAGCACUGCAGGGACAGAUAUUACUGUCAACAGUGUGAUCCUGCUUCCUAAAAACCCAGAGCACUUUGUGGUGUGUAACAGAUCAAAUACAGUGGUCAUCAUGAACAUGCAAGGACAGAUUGUCAGAAGCUUCAGCUCUGGUAAAAGAGAAGGUGGUGACUUUGUUUGUUGCGCCCUCUCUCCCCGUGGUGAAUGGAUCUAUUGUGUGGGGGAAGACUUUGUGCUCUACUGCUUCAGCACAGUCACUGGCAAACUGGAGAGAACUUUGACAGUUCAUGAAAAGGAUGUGAUUGGUAUUGCACAUCACCCUCAUCAGAACCUGAUUGCUACUUACAGUGAAGACGGACUCCUAAAACUCUGGAAACCAUAAUUCAACUUAUAAAAAACUAGCUUGAAAGCAUGUACUUAAAUGAAGACUUAAAUGUGUUGGUUUUUUUUCAAGUCAGCUUUUCUAAGCAAAGAUAUUGUAUGAAUUAGCUACA